AUGGCUUUAGUUACAGCUUGCUGCUCUCUGUUUCUUAUUCCAUUGUCUCCAGUUUCUCAACAAUUCCUCAUAUCCAACAAGCUUCUGGUGUGGUUAUUCUGUUCGGAAGGAGGCAACACCAUAGUCGAAGGUUUCAUCACAAACUUAAAGCCUCAAAUCAGAUAUCUUCCUUCUUCGCCUCUAUCAGGAUUAGCUCGUGAAGCACUUGCUGGAGUGAUUUCACUUGCAUCUUCUGAAAUUGAUCAGAAUAAGGGAAUUUCAAGUUCUACCCAGUUGCUCAAAAAUUCAUCUGAGGAAGCACCUGUUUCGUCGCCUUUAGUUCCAGUUUCAUUAUUAGGCAGUUCAAAAGGUGAAGAACAGAAUCAGAAACCUAUUACUAAGGCAGAAAAAGUUCAAGCAGUACUAAAGAAAAUAAAGCAGAGUCCAAAGAAGCUCAACUUGGUUGCUGCUUUGGUACGUGGUAUGCUUGUUAAAGAUGCUUUGCUGCAGUUGCAAGUGACAGUAAAGCGGGCUUCAAAAACUGUAUAUCAGGUUAUUCAUUCAGCCCGAGCAAACGCAUCCCACAAUCAUGGGUUGGAUCCAGAACGCCUCAUUGUUGCCGAAGCAUUUGUUGGAAAGGGAGAUUUUAAGAGGAGAAUUUCCUACCAUGGCAAAGGAAGAUCUGGAGUCAUGCACAGACCAGAAUUUCCUACCAUGGCAAAGGAAGAUCUGGAUCUGGUAAAGGAAGAUUUUAAGAGGAGAAUUUCCUACCAUGGCAAAAUAGUUAAGAAAUAUGUAAAACUAAGGUUUCACGCCAGAGACUAG